AUGUCUCGUAUCCGCCGGGCUGUCGACGUCACCGGAGGAGGUCGGCCUCUUCCUCUCCCCAACAACUCUCGCUCUCCAUGCGCCAUGAUGCGUCCGUUUUCCACUACUUCUACUACUUCCCACGCCUCAUACCUCGAGACCGGGCAUAUCGAGGUGGGCGAGAACGAAGGGCUCCUAUUUGUGAACAAUAUCUUUCCGUCAAGGUUACAGUGGGUGUUGCAGGGACCUCUCCGCGCCACGAGGCCGCACCUGGCCGCAUCUGACCCGCUGCGCAUCAUUCACCGUGUGUUCCCGGAGGAUCUGAACCUGGAAAUCCAAGAAGUCGUCCCGCGCUUUAGAGAAGGUGGCGCCUUUGUCAAGUACGCCCGCAAGGCAGGACUGAAAGACGUCGAUAUCGAAGCGGCCAUCAAGGCGAACCUAGAGGAUCAUCCCAUCCGACCAUGGUUCAAUCCGUUCCAGACGGUCAGGGUUGCUCGGGUCUUGGGUCGCCCGUGGAUCGAAGACCUGUAUCGCAUCCCGAGCAAGCGGCUGAGAGUUGAGUUCCUGGCGGGAUCCGCGGACGGAUGCGCCGUGGAUUUGACGACCGAAAGCCUCUAUUCGGCAUUCCGUGGCUAUGGAAAACUGAAAGACAUCGAGAAACAGCCGUCGGACUCGAAGGUCUCGCCUAGGUACGCCCUGGUUGAAUUCUCGCGUCCCCUGUACGCAGUCAUGGCCAAAAAUUGCAUGCACGGCUUUAUUGUCCCGGAGGUGCUUGGCGGUGGGAAAGCAGGGACGAGAAUCAGGAUCAUGUACGAGCGAAAGAUCAAAUUCUCCAUGCUCAAAGACUGGAUCAUGAACCAUCCAAGGCUCGUGAUCCCUGCCGUUGCCGCGCUGGUCGCGGCCAUCACGGUGGCUGUCUUUGACCCCAUCCGCACGUUCUUCAUUGAAAUGAAGAUCAAAGCAACUCUUAAUACCGACGAAAAUAACGUACUGCGCUGGAUCCGCAAGCAAGUCAGCAAGGCCAAUAUGAUUUAUUUCGGCAAUCCCGGUGCCGACUCGCGCGGGCUCACGGCCAUCUGGGAGGACCGCCAAGCGGACAUCUCGCAGCUGCGCUCCUGGUUGACGGAGAAUGUCGAGACUUUUAUUGUCGUCCAUGGUCCUCGUGGUUCAGGCAAACGGGAACUGGUCCUGGACCGGGCCCUCAAGGAUUACAAGUACAAGAUAGUCAUCGACUGCAAGCAGAUACAGGAUGCUAGAGGUGACACGGCCAAGAUUGCGCGAGCAGCCAGCCAAGUAGGCUAUCGACCGGUAUUCUCGUGGAUGAACAGCAUCAGUAGCUUCAUUGAUCUCGCAGCGCAGGGCAUGAUUGGCACCAAAGCAGGGUUUUCGGAGACUCUGGAUGCGCAACUCAGCAAGAUCUGGCAGAACACUGCUACAGCCUUGAAGAGGGUUACGCUGGAACAUAGGCAAAAGACGGACAAGGACUUCCACCUGACCGAUGAGGAGUACCUAGAGGCUCAUCCCGAGCAGCGGCCCGUGGUAGUUAUUGACAAUUUCUUGCACAAUUCCUCGGAGGAUAGCGUGGUGUACGAGAAGAUCACCGAAUGGGCCGCUGGACUGACGGCCGGCAAUAUCGCCCAUGUUAUCUUCUUGACCACGGAUGUUUCCUUUGCCAAACCUCUCAGCAAAGCCAUGCCGAACUCGGUGUUCCGCAUGAUUUCUUUGGGAGACUGUUCACUGGAAGUGGGACGGAGGUAUGUGCUAAACCAUCUGGGGGAUGGUGCCAAGAUUAGGAACCAGCAGCUCGAAGGGAAGGAAGGUCCCGAAGGCCUCGACAGCUGCAUUGAAAUGUUGGGAGGCCGAGUAAAAGACCUUGAAUUCAUGGCACAUCGCAUCGAAGCAGGAGAAACGCCCCGAGCCGCGGUCAAUCGAAUUGUCGAGCAGUCCAUUUCUGAAAUCCUCAAGAUGUUCAUCUUGGGUGGAGAGACCGGGACCCAGCAAUGGAGUCAGGAGCAAGUUUGGUCUCUGAUCAAGAUGUUGGCACACGCGGCGGAUGGAACGCUCCCCUAUAGUCGAGUUCUCCUCUCAGAUCUUUUCAAGGAUGAUGGCGAGACCACCCUGCGGGCACUCGAGCAGGCGGAGCUCAUCACCAUCGCCUCGGUCAACGGCUCUCCUGAGACCAUUAAACCCGGCAAACCCGUCUAUCGCGCCGUGUUCCAAAGAUUGACCCAGAACACGACACUAAGCAGUCGCAUGGACCUAGGAGUCUUCUCGCAGCUCAUUCGGAUGGAGAAUAGAAGCAUUGCCAAGUAUGAAGAGGAGCUACAGCUACUAGGGUCGUUACCCAAGCAGCCUCGAGAGCUCACGCCGAGAAUCCAGUGGCUUCUGCAAAAGGUGUACAGCUCUCAAGACAAGAUCGGCAAAUAUGAGGCAGACAGUGCGGUCUUGAAGAAGAUCUUGCAGAUCCGCAAUAUCCAGGAACGCCUGGCCGAGCAGGGCUGGCCAGUGCUGGUUGCGGUUUUUCUCUUCGUCUGCAUUUCCACGCGCAUCAUCACUGGCCUGCAAAGUGGGAAGGCAGAGAGCGAAAAUCCGCGGAGAGUUCGGAUGGUGCCGUACUGGCUUCCUUGGAUCGGCCAUGGUGUUUCAUUUGUGUGGAACCAUGUGAGACUGCUCAGUAAGGCCAGGGAUCGAAUGGAUGAGCCCGUCAUGGGCAUCUAUCUGGGCGGGAAAAAGCACGCCGCUGUAGUAUCACCAUCGAUGGCCAGGUCUGUCAUGUCCUCACGAAGUGCAAGUUCUACUACUUUGAUCAAUCAUGCGCUGAAGGCCAUCUUCGGUGACCGGGGACCCCUGCGCCACCUGGACCCAGCCAACGAUAAAACUUUCCAUCACACCAUCCCUAAUCUUUUUACGAAGGAGCCUUUUAUUUCGGAGGCUUCUGCGUCUCUGGUCCGUACAAUAGAACGCGAUUCUCCGAACUUCGUGACCUUCUGCCAUAGUGUGGUGGAUCAAGCCCUCUGGGAGCGCAACAGCGACCUGGCAGUUGUGGAUUCUAAUGGCAAACAGGCUUGUGAAGUGAAUUUCUUUGCUCUGUUGAGAAACUUCGUGGGACAGGCUACUACGACCACUCUUCUGGGACAAGGGAUACUGGAUGAAUUUCCCACCCUAUUAGACGAUGUCUGGAGAAUGGAUGAUCGGUUUCCCACCAUGGCAUUGGGGCUGCCUCGCUGGCUGGUGGUUCCGGGACUUCCUGCAGCGUAUGCAGCUCGUGACCGUCUUCUCGGAGCUCUUGCGGAGUUUCAGCAAGCCUUUAACUAUUGGGACGAUGGCGUAGACCCUGGCAUCAAAUUCCGAGACCUCGACGAUGUCUGCGAGCCGAUCAAGCAACGAAUCCGGUUGUCCAAAAGUAUGGGACUGUCACCGCAAUCUAGCGCCCCGGGCCAUUUGUCUCUCCUCUGGGCCAUGAAUGGCAAUGCGCCUAACAUUGUAUUUUGGCAUGUUCUGCGUCUUCUUGCGGAUCCAACGCUUCUGAAGGACAUUCGAAAGGAGAUAGCCCCCUACGUGAAGGCCUCGAGGCCUACCCGAGAAGAGACAGGGUUCCCAUUCCAGGAGGCCCCCAAGAUUUCCAUUGAUGCCGAAGGCUUGUUCAAAUCCUGCCAGUUACUCAAAGCUAGUUACUAUGAGACAUUGCGUCUGGACUCGGCAAAUUUGUCGUUUCGAGAACUCACUUCCGACGUGACUGUCUGUGAAUCUGAGGCGGACGCCAAAAUCGCUGGCUCGGAGCAACCUCGAUCCUACGAGAUCAAGAAGGGAGCAAGCGUUGCUAUUCCCCACGGCGUCAUUCAUACCGACUCGCGGUACUUUUCGAACCCAUCCCAAUUCGAUCCACUGAGGUUCAUUCUUGCAGACCCUGAAACCGGAGAGAAGCGGGCCAAGUUGCACACCAUCAACCCUUUCGGUCUCGGUGCGUUUGAAUGCAAGGGGAAAGCCUUUGCCGAGAGAGAAGUCUUGUCCCUCACUUCCGCAAUCAUUUCUUUGUGGGAUAUUGAGCCGGCAGAUGGAAAAGAUCUCAGCCUGCCGGCCCAUAAAAUGUCCACCGGCGUCUACUUGCCUAAGAAAGACAUCCGGGUGCGGAUUUCCUCGCGUGUUUAA